GCGAGCUCGACAUCGAGCGGGUGGACGACGUCACGGUCCGCGCGGCGAAGAAGCGGUCGAUGGACACCAAGCCAGCACUCGGCGCGUCGUCGCUUUUGACCUCCUCCCACCCAUGCAUGCAGACGAGCCCAAGAAGGACGGCUGCGACCACUGGUGCCGCGAAGUCCAGCCGUUCUGCCCACCGUCCGCGGCCAGUGUGCUCGGACUCACGUGCAGCGGCCCGAUCGCAGUGUCGUACAUGCACGUGUUGUUCUUGUACCCGCUCAGCAUCGAGCGCUUCCAGCACCGCAAUGUCCUUAUCAAGGUACAGCUCAUCGACCAAGCUGCGAACGAGACGCCGCUGCCCGUUUUUUACAAUAGCCACGCGCUGUCCUUGUCCACCGAGGCGCGGUGCCACGUCUCGUACCAUGCGAAGACGCCGUCGUUUGAAGAUGAAAUCAAGCUCGCGUUGCCAGCCGCGUUGACGCCAUCCCACAGCCUUCGCUUCUCGUUCUAUCAAGUGCACUGCAAGAAGAUGCCGCCGGGAAAGGCGAGCAUGGACCUCUUUGGGCUCGCGCACUUGCCGCUGCUCGACAAGGACGGCGUGGUGCUGGACGACAUGCCGCAUUCGCUCACCGUGCAAAGCGUGGAUGGGGACGGAAAGGGCAUGGUGUUUCACUGCGCCUCGCGUCUUCUCUCGUCGUUGUACAGCCCGCACAAGGCCAUUCACGCCUGCUUGGCUCCGAUGAGCCCCAUUCCUUCGGUAGCGGCACUCGUUGCGCGCGUGGAAGGACUGCGCACCGCGUCGGACGCGGCGGUGCGCUACCAUGCGCUGCGGCUGUCGAGGUGCAUGACGCACUUGCUGCGCCUCGAGGCGCCGGACGUGCGCCAAGUUGCGUUCUACGGCCUCCUCUCUCUUCUGGACAAGUGCGGGUUCACGCCGUAUCGCAAGGUUACGGCGACGUCACCGACAAGCGUGCCCAACAAUGCCCCCAGUUCCGCCGAGUCGAGUCUCGUGUGGCAGUUCAUUGAUGUGGUCUUUGACGAUGUCAGCCAAGAGCAUGCGCCCGUCUACCUCUCGAUCGUUGCCGUGUGGGGCGUUGCAAUGCAGCGAGGCAAAUGCGAUGACACGAUGCUUCUCGAGUCGCGCAAACUCGCGCUCACGCACGCCAAUGUGCUCUUACACCUCGUGCUCAAGUCCAUGGCGCUGCAGUGGUCGAGUCAGCGCCUGCCGCAGACACUAGCGCCAGCGCACGAAGAGGCCCUCGCGACCCUUUUGCACACCCUCUUGAACGGCGUGUUGGAACCCGACGACGGCGCCGUACCGGCCUUAUGGCUGCAGGCGGCGAUUGCCGCCAUGGUGUCCGUCAAGGACUCGGCGAUGCUGACGCACAUGACGUUUCCGUUCCUGCGCAUGCUGGUCGAGUGCGAGCACUUCGUCGCGAUCAACACCACGUCCGGCCAUCGAUUGGCACGCGAUUGGCUCGCGCAGCUCCUCUUUACGUCGCUCUUACGGAUCCUGGACGAGCAGAAAGAAGACAAGAUCAAGUCGCACGCCGUCGGCAUCUUUCGCCGCCUCUUUGUCGCCCAAGCCCACAUGGCGCCGACGGCCUCGGAGCGCAUUGCGCUCAUGUACCUGCCGGUGCUUCCGUAUCUCUUGGCGCUCACGGCGCCCGGCAAACUCCUCAGUCUCCGCGACGUCGACGCCGACGACGAGAGCACGACAAGCGAUGUGCUCAAGCGAGAAGUUCUCGUCUGCCUCGCCUACUGUCUCGGCCAUCUGGCCGAGGCCGAUCGCAAGUGGUUCUGGAAGCCGCGCGGACCAACCGACACGCCGUCGCCAACGGUGGCGUCCGAGAAAGCGCGCAAGCCGCAACACCAACGCAAGGUCGGGACUCUCAUGCGCGGUCGAAUGGACGGGUUUACGACGCCGACCGAGUACGAUGACGCGCUGGAAGCCCACGUGACGUCGGGCAUGACCGCGCUGCGGCAGCUCAUCGAGUGUUUCUUGGCCGACGGCGUUCCGUGGCAGCAGAUCUUGUCGCCCGAGACGCUCGAACACGGCACACGCAUGUCCCUUUUGGACAUUGAGGUCUCGAUGAAGAGCCGCCAUACGAACGCGCGACUGCUCCAGAGUCGCCGAAGCGACGCGAAGGAAGUGCGCGCCCCCGGCGCGACGCACCGGUCGCUGCCGCGCAACUGGGGCAAAAACUACAUGGCGCAGCGCAAGGGCAGCAUGGACCCCAAGGCUAAAGAGGAAGGCGAGGCGCCUGCGAGCGACUUUGAUGCGUGCGCCAAAUACCUCAGCGAAGCGCUCGUCGAGACGGUCCUCACAACGUCCCAAGCCAUGAUCCUCGAGUUUGCAGCGAUCCUCGACAUCCCCGGCCGCGCGCUGCGACCGAAUGGGACCUCGGAGCUGUCGGUGACAUCGCAGGCCAUGCGUCUCCUCGAGGCCGUCGUCGACCUCUGGUACCUUUUGCUCAGUCGCAUUGGCCACGUGCACUUUGAGAACGAUCUGCUUGCGCAAGUGCUCUUGUACAUUAUCGAGUUUCUCCAGCGUUUCCAGCGGUCUCUCUUUGCCGAGUCCGCCCGGCGUCUCAUGAUCACCGAAGCGUGGUGCGACCGGGUCUAUCACCUCGCAACCACGUCGUCCGAGGCGAUCGCCGUGCUCGCGGCCUCGCUCCUUUGCGAACUCUGCCGCACGAGCUUUGACCAAGUCGGGUCAUUCAUGCCUGUCAAGCACGCUCUUGUAUCGGUCGUCGCCAAGCAGCUCCACCACCUCCCGGCGCUACGCACCGCCAUCGAGCGUCUUCAAGCCACCAAGUGCGGCGACGGCAUCUUCCGCGUCCAUUUCCACGCCUUUCUGCACCUCCUGUUGCGGCUGCACGACGCAUGGGCCGGACUGCACGAGAGCAUGAAGGGCACUUCGAUCGGGUCGCCCGAAGGUCUCGAAGACGCGGUCAGUACGCUCUUGGAGGACAUGUCGCCGGACUGGCUGCCCGACGUCCACCGCCAACUCUUGGAAGCGCUCGCGCAGUAUCACUUUGCGCGGGGAGAGUACGCCGAGGCGAGUCACUGCCACUUGAUGCUUGUCGCGCACGAGCGGCCGCUGCCGUCGCUAGCGUUCUGCCUCGAGCACUGGAAGGCGGCGAAAGACUUGGCCGAGAAAGCCAACUUGCCCGAGAUGGCCCUCUCGAUCGCCGAGACGAUGCUCCGCCGGCUGCAGAGCGAUCAGUGCUACGACGAGAUGGGCCACGUGCUGCAGAGCAUGCUGCAUAUCGUCGCGCAGCUUUCGACGCCCGCGGACGCGACCCCGGUCGCGCGCUUCUUUGUCGUGACGCUCCUCGACGACGGCGCGGUGCUGGCCGAGUACAUUUGCAAGCGGUCGGCGUUCUGCCACAUUAGCGACGUCGUGGCCGGGCUCGAAGCCGCGCUGUCGUACGAGCUGCAGCGCAAAGUGACAUCGGUUGCCCUCAAAACCGACGCGGACCGACGACUCCUUCUCAAGGUGACGCCGGUGGACGCGAGUGCCAGCAACACACGCACCGAGUUCGUCCUCAACACGCCUUUUACGCGCAACGCCAACCAGGCAGCGUACGACAAGAACCAGUUUGUGCGACGGACCAUCCUGCGCGUCGGCGAGCCGUUUCCGUGGCUCUCGACGCGGCAGCGCGUCAUCGCCAAGCACGAGGUCGUGCGCUGCCCGAUCGAGAACGCAGCCGACGACAUUUUGCGCCGGACAACCGCCCUCGACCGUGUGCUCGAGCAGACGAGCCGCGGGCGGCCCGUCGACGUCAAGGCGCUCACGCAUUUGCUCAAGGGCAGCAUCAACACCGAGGUCAACGGCGGCGCGCCCGAGGUCAUUGCGCAGUUCUUAUCGGCGAGUGCGCACGGAACGCUGCUCAACGGCCAGGGCCACGUCAUGGAUGGCGCCGAGGAAAAGAGGCACAUGGCCGACCUGCGCCUGGCGCUCCUGACGUUCUUGCGUGCUGCGUUGCAAGUGCUGUCGAUCUCCCGCGACGCGUUUCGGCGUGCGGCCGAGCCGGAUGCAGACGUCUUGGCGCUCGCACCGCUCCAGAGCGAGUUUGAGAAGGGCUUUGUGGCCAUUGUCGAGUGCUUGGCGGCGACGUACUCGGCGCCGAGUGACGAAAUCGUCUCGCUGCAGCAAGCCAUGGCGUACAAACUCGGGCACGGCCCGCGUCCGAGCCAGGUCGUCUUGUCCUGAUAAGAAUCUGUCUUAAGGCGUUGGGAGCACCACAUACUACAUGUCUAUUUGCCGUUAAG